AUGAACAACGUUGAGAUCGAGGACUUCUAUCAUCACGAUUUCACAACUGCCUCCGAAUGGGAAGUGUUCAUCGCGCGUUUGGAGGAGAUCAUGCACGAAUGGAAAUUGCCCCAUACGAAGAUCGCGGGCUCCCUUCAGCCGGGGGAUUUUGUCAACUGUCAGUGGCACGAGGCCUCGGAGAAGCUGCACUUUGCAGACGUAGAAUUCCUGCUGAAGCACUACAAGCUACUGAAGGAAGAUGAAAAGGAAGAUACAGCUAGUCCCUUGGAAGAACGCGAGGAGGAAUGGACGCAGUGUCAGAAGGACAUCUUGGACAUAUCCAAUGACUUUGUGAGGCUCGAUGACAACUGCAUGGAGAUAACUCGUUAUUACGGCUGCAGGGAAUUUCUUGUUUUAAUACCGGCAAAGAAGGGAAGCUUAACAGAUGAGACUCGAAUUAAGAUCUUGCUUAGUUCACUGACAAUUGCAGCCAACAAUGCGAGUUGUUACAUCCCCGCAUUCGUGCAGGUGCAGGAGCCUUGGCAGAAUAUGUAUCUGGGAGGUUGCGCUGGUAAAGGAACCUGUGUGCAUCUUGACAUGGUGCACUUGAAGAAGAUACCGUCGCAUUGCAAAUAUCUUACUGGUCUGCUUGCUCUGUUCAAGCAGAAAGUCCGGGAAGGUUGCGCAGUGAGACUUGACACUGUGAUGGUAUCUGCUAGAUUUUCUUACCUAUUGAAGGACUGGACGAACAGCACGUGGACGCAGGAACCUCCGGAUUUCGAUUUCAUGCAGGGGGAAACAUUAGGCGUGGCCGAAUUGGGCAAGCUUCCCUUUGGCGCAACUUUUGAUCCCGUCGGGGAGCUUCAUCUAUUCACUACAUGGCCGGAGAUGCCGGAUAGCGUCGUCGUGGACAGCGAAGGGUUCUCUGAUCUGGAGCCGCAGCUCGCUCCCGAAUGGUCGGUACUGGUGAAAAUGGUGUCGUCGCCGGCCUGUUUGCUCGGUGAAUAUAUGACGGAUUUUCUGCACCUUUGCAACAAUCAGAAGACGAUGGUGGAGCUGUUGGGUGAGAACGCGUCCUACAUCCAUAGUGAUGAUCAAAUGUUGAGCUCGGCCUUCAACGCCCUCACCGAGUCCAGAAUACCCAUGAUCUCGACGGUCAUGGGCAGGGCCAGCUCGAAGAAAAACAAGAAUGUGGAGGGUCCGAUCUCCGAGGAAAUACUAUUGCCUAUACUUUACUUUCUCUUCCCAGACGCGGAGGAUAAUUCGAAAUUCCCCUACGGCGACAUCAGCGUGUGUAAUGUGGAUGACGACCAGUGGAAAGGCGUAAAGACGUGCGCGAUGGAUAGUCUUGUGUGGCGUUUAUCGGUCGUCGCAGCGCAUUGCGCACACAAUCUGGGUGGUGCGACGGCCUUGGCUCAGCUUUGGCAUGAAUUCGUGCAGGAGAUCAGGUUCCGUUGGGAGAGGAAUAUCCUGAUACCGGGAGUCGGGCCAAGCUUUCCGGACUCCGUUCGCACGUGUUUGCUGCACCAAAAGCUGCAGAUGAUGAAUUGUUGCAUAGCGAGGAAGAAGACGAGGGAGGAGAACGCGCACAAACCCCAGAGCAUGGACAUCGAUGAUGUGGAGGAGACAGAAUCCGAGGAAGAGGAAUUCUUCGAGUGCUCAAGUGAGGAAUUGGCGAACGAGGAGGUUUCAUCAACGAGGAUGCAACUGAAGGCGAAGCACCUGCUGUGGAACAAACCCGCGGGAAGAUUGGCCAAACACCCUACACUCAGGCUGAUUCAAAGCGGAGAUCCUCUUUAUCUACCCGUCACGCAGGAUCCCGUUCCGAAAACGGAGGACCAGCUGGAGGAGGACGCGCAGGUGAUGAUGCAGCUCGGCACCGAUAAGUACGCCUCCGAGAUGCGCGCGCGAAUGAUGAGCGCCUCCCUACUGUCCGAUAUGGAGUCCUUCAAGGCGGCGAAUCCUGGCGCGGUGCUGGAGGACUUCAUCCGAUGGUACUCCCCGAGGGACUGGAUCGACGACGAAGGGUUCGACGAGUGGGGACAAGGAAAGGGCCAUCUGUCGCCGCGGAUGAUGAUCCCCGAUAAUCCUUGGUCGACGACGUGGGCAUCGGCGCAACCAGUUCCUGCGCACCGGCAGAAGAGGCUGUUCGACGACACGCGGGAGGCGGAGAAGGUCCUGCACUACCUGUGCUCCAAACGAAUAGGCCAGGUCGCGCAACUUCUACUGCCGACCCUUACGCACGCAGCGCUCUACACCUUGAGCUCGCAGAAACAGGAGGCUCUGCCGAGCCUGCCCGACGUGGCGCACAGCAUACUCAACCGACUGCAAUUCGCGACGAAGCCGACUCACCAGAAACUCAAUUUAUACGAGGAUAUCACGCGCGACGUCGAGGGCGUAGAGGCGCUGGUCGCUCAAGUGAAUUCACUGCAGCGCAAACUGGGCGGUAGUAACGACUCGAAGGAAUUCACGUCAUUCUUGAUCCAGCUGAUGCGGGGCAAGGAAGUGAGCGUGCCUGGUGGUUCCAGAGGUGACAUCGCAUCUCGCAUAACGACGAUGUUCCGCGACGCUCAGAGGGCCGCUCACAUGAUGACGUCCACCAGCGGCAAUAACGACGCGGACGCCGCGGGAGACAGCCGGCAUAAAACGUUCCCCGAGCCCACGUCCAAGGAAUUUAUUCUGCGGGCGAUAAUACCGCGACCUUCACCGGCCUCCACACCGCAGCCGCAGCGGCUGUACGCCUGCCUCAAACGAGACCACAUUCGUUUGGCCGGAUUCUUCUCCGAAGACACGACGUUCUUGUAGUCCCCGCCCCGAUCAGAAUUCCCCGUCAUGGUGGAAUUCGCGUAAUCUUCGUAAACGGGUUCGCCGCGCGAGCGACUGUCGCCGGUGAGCGCGCGAAUAGCGAGAGCUGAUACGCUCGUUCCCUUCGUCCGACGACGAUCGUCCGCGCUUCAUCCGUGCCGUGUUGUAUCCGGGAACCUUCGCGACUUCGCGUUCGUUUCUUGCAAACGCAGCGCGACGCGCUCUCGUCGUCUCAUCGCGCAUUUAUUUAACGGGAUGUGCGCACGUUAGAUGCACACAGGCGUUACAGCUUUUAUCGCUC